ACUAGAUAGAUAGAUAGGCUAUCACUAGAUGGCUAUGAAAAAAAUAUUUACCACAUCAGUAUGUGUAUCAUGCAUAUUGAGUGCGUUUGUCCUUGUUACUAUAUAGAAACUAUUUUACUUAACAAAUUUUAAUUCUUGCAACUAUUGUGUUGAACAAAAUGGCAAUAACUUUCAAAAUAUUAUUUAUCUUAUUCAGUAUAAUAUUUCUAAAAGCAGACACGAUCAAAUAUCCGAACGACUUCACUCCCACCCUAUUAUCAGGAGAGUACAAAAUAAAAUUUGAUUUUAUCGUUGUCGGCGCUGGUAGUGCCGGUGCGAUAAUUGCUGCUCGUUUAAGUGAGAUAGCAGAUUGGAAUAUCUUACUAUUGGAGGCAGGUGGUGAUCCUCCAGAAUCAUCAGAAAUUCCACUCAAAUGGAGUUUGGCAUUGAAUACAGAGUAUGAUUGGAAAUUUUUAACUGAACAGGAAGAUAAUUUGUUCAAAGGUUUAGACGGAGAAAAGUGUCACGUGCCCAGGGGAUGUAUGUUGGGUGGAAGUUCGUCCAUGAACGUUAUGUUGCAAAUUCGUGGAACAAAGUACGAUUUUGACGAAUGGGAAAAAUCUGGAUGCACUGGUUGGGGUUUCGAUUCUGUUUUGCCGUAUUUUAUAAAAUCUGAAAAUUUUACUGACACGACUCGGUACGAUGCGAAAAUUCAUGGGAACUGCGGGCCCCUAACUGUGAGUCCCUUUGUAUCUCCAGACCCUGCCAUACAAACUAUAUCACAAGCAGCAGAUUUGAUGGGCUUGACCAACGUGAAAGACUUGAACAAAAUAGAACGUUCGGUUGGAUACGCGAUGUCGGACAGCACAACUCGGGAUGGACUGCGGUGCAGUACGCUGAAAGCUUUUUUAAUGCCUAAUAGUGGACGACCAAAUUUGUUCGUAGCCAAAUACAUCCGAGUCACCAGAAUUUUGAUCGAGAACAAAAGUGCAGUUGGCGUUGAGUUUGUAACAAAAUCAGGUGAGUUCAAGACCGUCAACUGUACGCUUGAAGUCAUACUGUCUGCCGGGGUGGUGAUGAGUCCUCAAUUACUUAUGAUAUCCGGAAUUGGACCAGCAGAUCACUUGAAAGAGAUGGAUGUGAACGUUGUGGCUGAUCUUCCCGUCGGUAAGAACUAUCAAGACCACGUAGCCUAUUUUGGGCUAGUCCUUAGUGACCGCAAGAAUAGACCAAUCGAAGACAUUGUGGCAGAAAGUCAAAAACUUAGAAAGGAAACAUUUGAUUUGAUCCCCAAAGGUAUUAGCACAAUGGGGCUAACGGGACUUCUUAGUUUCGUCGAUUCCAAACGCGCGUCUGGAAACCCUGACAUCGAAAUUAUGAAAAUCAGAUAUUCGUGCAACACAACCCAACAGAUGAACACGUUCAAGAACAUGUUUGGAUUUUCUGACGAGAUGGCGAACGUGUACAACGAGUUGAAUAGGCACAGUGAUAUAAUACUGAUGAUACCGAUUAGUAACAUCAUAACCAAAACAGGGCAUGUUUUACUGAGAUCAAAGGAUCCUCUGGCGAGCCCGAAAAUAAUCGCAAACUAUUUGUCGGACCAGGAAGAAAUCGAUACGAUGGUGAGGGGUAUCGAGUUCGUGGUUGAAAUGUGCAAGACGAAACCAAUGGCUGAUGCGGGAUACGCUUUUGAGGAGAUUGCGUUCCCGAAUUGCGAGACGAAUUGCAAGUGGGGCACCAAAGACUACUGGAAAUGUGGUAUUAAAAAUCUGGCCACCUCAAUUUUCCAUUCAGUUGGUACCAACAAGAUGGGUGCGAUCGGUGACAAGACCUCUGUGGUCGACCCCUGCUUAAAAGUCAUUGGCAUUGAUAAACUUAGAGUGAUUGACUGUUCUGCGAUGCCAUUAUUAGUGACUUGCAACACAAACGCCGCCACAAUGAUGAUGGCUGAAAAGGGAGCUGAUAUAAUCAAAACCCAGUAUGGAAAAUGAGGUUAUAAUUUAUAUUAUUAUUGUCACCGUAUAUUAUGAAUGUUCUAGGUAUAUUUUAUCUUUAUCAUUUUAAAAAUGAAUAUAAAAUAAAAAAAAUAUUCAUAUUAUUCUAUUCCAUAAAAAGAGAUGUGAUAGAAAAAAAAACAGAAAAAAAAAAGAAAAAUAUUUUAUCGUUAUAUAAAAACAUCAGUAUAAACUAUAUAAUGAUAGAAACACUACAUGAAAUAAUCCAAAAUCUAACGAUCAUUUAACACAUUUCAAAUAAAUAAUUCGAUAUAUUUUAUCAUAUUAUAUUACAAUUUAUUAUGAACCAAUUCGUUCAUAUAAUAACAUUAAGCAAUUAUGUAUAUUAUGUCAAAAAUGUAUGUGUACACGAUUAUGUGAAACCUUCAAUUUAUUGCCAUAUUUGUUUUUAAAAGAAAACAUUGCACAUUUUGAUAUGUUUAAAUAGGUAUAAUGAUUUCAUACAAUUGUCAGUACAUUUAUUCAUUAUUUCGCAAUUUGUUUGCAUAGCAAUGAAAACAUAAUGUCAACAAUUUUCAUGUGAUGACGUUACAUUUUAAUAAACAACAACAUAUGUGUCUCGUUUA